AGCGACUGUCAAGUGAUGAUUCAUUUAUUACAACAAACAAUACAAUUUGUAUUACUCACUUCUAAGUUAAAAAAUUUAUAAAAACAAAUUUCGACCCAAACAAGAUGUUUUCAACAAAUCCAAACUACACAAAAUUGAAGACUCAUCUACGGCUGUCUAUAAAUCGCCUUAAACUUCUAGAGAAAAAGAAAACAGAGUUGGCUCAAAAGGCUCGAAAGGAAAUUGCUGAAUAUAUUGCUUCAGGAAAAACUGAACGGGCCAAAAUUCGAGUAGAGCAUAUUAUCCGAGAGGAUUACAUGGUAGAAGCCAUGGAAAUAGUGGAAAUGUACUGUGAUUUAAUAUUGGCAAGGUUUGGAUUAGUAACACAGAUGAAAGAUUUAGAUGAGGGAUUGGCAGAGGCUAUAUCGAGUCUCAUAUGGGUUGCACCACGCAUGCACACUGAUAUACAGGAACUCAAAGUGAUAUCAGAUUUACUGACAGCCAAAUACGGAAAGGUUUAUGCGGAAGCAUGUCGCAAUGAGAGCGUGAACACAAUUAGUGAGAAGUUGCGGCACAAGCUAUCAGUCCAAAGUCCUCCCAAAAUACUCAUUGAAAGGUACCUGAUAGAGAUUGCUAAGAAUUAUAACGUGGAAUAUACUCCUGAUGAACAAGUCAUGAGGGAAGAGGAAGGUCGUGAUGCCUUGUUAAUAGAUAUUAACGGCCCACCGAACCCGCCUGGUUUUAUUGGUUACCCACCGCAACCACCAAUGCCUCAAAUGACGCAAAUGCCGAAUUUACCAGCACCUUCUGUUGCACCUUUCAGCUAUCCAUCUCAACCAUCUGGUGGUAAAGCUGGUGGUUUUAUAGCGACACCACCCAAUUACGGCGGUCCCAGCAAACCCACGAGCUACCACGUUCCACCAGGUGUUGACUCGAAGACUCUGAAUAAUAGUUUCCUGCAGGAGGAAAUGAGCAACCUACCACCUGCUUAUGACAGCAUUGAUCACUCUUUGCCACCAAACUUACCGAGUCCCAGUAACGUGUCGGCGCCUCAACCACAACCGCGAACCAGACCGCCUACCAACAAUUACUUCCCAGAGCUUCCAGAAUUACCUUCAGUACCUUCAGAUAUCAUCCUACCCUCAGUCCCCAAUAGCUCCAACUCGAACGCGUCAAACGAACCGAACGCACCGGAUGAAAUUGACUUCGAAGAUCUGAACAGACGUUUCGAAGAGUUGAAGAAGAAAAAGUAAACGAGAUUAUAUGCGCUUGUUAAAGCUUUAUUUGUAUUUACGUUUUGUGGUUUCAGAGAAAAUAAGGAUCUGUGAGUGUUGAUAUAUAACAAACACCUGCACUCAUUAUGUAUGCUGCUUCAAUAUAUAAUAAUUGAAAUAGAUCAUCCACCAAUCGUUACUAAUUAUCAUCGUAUGAAAUUGUUUAUUGUAAAUAUAUGUAUCGAAAAUUAACUAAAGCUAUUUUUUUAAUUUUGUAUCAUAUGAAUUGCAUAGGAGUUAGGAUAAGGUUGAAUUUUAAUUAUUG